AUGGUCGUCGGAUCAGUCCUCGUGACCGGGUACGUCUGCCACGCGAGAGCAAGAUGGAAGAAGCAUGGAGCAGCAUGCUGCUACCUGACCGGGCAACUGCACCUCUCUCACGCCUCGUACUGACUUGGUCCAUUGCUAUAGUGGAACCGGCUACAUCGGCUCCUUCACCGCCCUCGCCCUGCUCCAAGCAGACUACAAAGUCGUCAUUGUCGACAACCUCUACAACUCCUCCGCCGAAGUCAUCAACCGCAUCGAGCUCAUCUGCGGCAAGAAACCUGAAUAUGUUCAAUGCGAUAUCACAGACGAGAAGAAGUUGGACGAGGUCUUCGCUGCACACCCUGACAUUGACAAUGUUAUCCACUUCGCUGCCCUCAAGGCUGUGGGUGAGUCGGGAGAAAUUCCUCUCGACUACUACAACGUCAAUGUCUACGGCACCCUUUGCUUGUUGAGGAGCAUGCAGAAGCACAAGGUCACCAACAUUGUCUUCUCCAGCAGUGCUACCGUGUAUGGCGAUGCCACCCGAUUCCCCAACAUGAUUCCCAUCCCAGAGGAAUGCCCAUUGGGACCCACCAACCCGUACGGAAACACAAAGUUCACCGUUGAGACGAUGAUCACCGACUACAUCAACAGCGAGAGAGUCAAGGCUAAGAAGGCCGGAAAGACUGGCGAGGAGUUCAAUGGCGCAUUGCUGAGAUACUUCAACCCGGCUGGAAGCCACCCUAGCGGUAUCAUGGGCGAGGAUCCACAGGGUGUGCCAUACAAUCUUUUGCCAUUAUUGGCACAGGUUGCUGUUGGCAAGCGAGAGAAGCUGCUUGUCUUUGGAGACGGUGAGUGAAUGGCUUCAUCCAGUGAAUGCGGCUACCAGAUAGGCUGAUCUCGAUCUACAAGACUACGCUUCCAAGGACGGAACAGCCAUCCGAGACUACAUCCACAUCCUCGACCUCGCCGAAGGCCAUCUUGUUGCCCUCAACCACCUGCGCUCGCAACACCCUGGCGUGCGAGCAUGGAAUCUCGGCACCGGCAGAGGCUCCACCGUCUUCGACAUGGUCAAGGCAUUUUCGAAAGCUGUCGGCCGCGAUCUGCCAUACGAGGUGGCUGGACGCCGAGCUGGAGAUGUGCUGGACCUGACAGCCAACCCAACCCGAGCAAACACCGAGCUGGGCUGGAAGGCGAAGCACACCUUGGAAGAUGCUUGCGAAGAUCUGUGGAGAUGGACAGAGAACAACCCACAGGGCUACAGGCAGCAGCCACCCAAGGAAUUCCUCGAGGCGCUCAAGAAGGGCAACAAGUAG